UGGUAAUAAUGUGUUUGCAGAGAACAAACUUUUCGAUAAAAUAAGAAUAUAUUUUUUCCAAAGAUUUCCUGUCAAAUAUAAUUACAUUUUAUAUAUGACAUCUUACAUUAAAUACAGUUAUAGGGUUGCCCGCAAAGUAAUUGCCGAUGGCUCCAAUAGAUGGCUUUAAACGUCUGUUUGAAUGUCUUCUGUCAAUGUUAUGAUUUUUUUUUUGACGUUUGUAAGCUGUCACUCUUAGUUGACUUUAGAAGCAAAUUACACGUGUUUCUGUUAAAAAUUGUUAGUUUGGCGUCAGUUUCAGUAUGGAGUCCAAUAACGAGCAUUUUCGUCAUAUUUUACUUUUUUAUUUCCGCAAAGGAAAAAACGCAGCGCAGGCUGCUAAAAAGUUACGUGACGUAUAUGGCGAGGAAGCCUUAAAAGAAAGACAGUGCCGCAAUUGGUUUGAUAAGUUCCGUUCUGGAGAUUUUUUACUCAAAGAUGAGCAACGUUCAGAUCGGCCAUUGCAAGCUGAUGAUGACCAAAUCAAAGCCAUAAUCGAGUUGGAUCGUCAUAUAUCUGAGCGGGAGAUUGGAGAGAAGUUGAAAAUACCAAAAUCAACAAUCCACGAUCAUAUAAAACGUCUUGGAUUCGUUAAAAAGCUUGAUAUUUGGGUACCACAUGAAUUGAAAAAAUUCAUUUAACAAAGCGUAUCAAUGCUUGCGAUUCUCAUCUCAAACGCAAUGAAUUCGUUCCUUUUUUGAAUCGAAUAAUUACUGGUGAUGAAAAAUGGAUUGUUUACGAUAAUAUUAAGCAAAAACGUUCAUGAUCCAAACGUGGUGAGCCACCACAAACCACCUCGAAAACUGAUAUUUACCAAUAGAAGAUUUUGCUAUCAAUUUGGUGGGAUUAGAAGGGUGUGAUAUUUUUUGAGCUCCUUCCAAAGAACCGAACCAUUAAUACAGAUGUCUACUGUCAGCAACUGGACAAACUGAAUGCAGCGAUUAAAGAAAAAAGGCCAGAAUUAGUCAAUCGUAAGGGCGUCAUUUUCCACCAUAACAACGUUAGGCCACACACAUCUUUGGUCACUCGCCAAAAAUUAAUGGAGCUUGGUUGGGAAUUGAUGUUACAUCCACCAUAUAGCCCUGACAUUGCGCCGUCAGAUUA